GUGAGAGAAGAAGCGUCGUGGCUCCUAUAUAACAAAGUCGUGCUGCAUUUGGAUGCUCGCCAAGUGGUUAGCUACCACGACGGGACGCCUGCAGGACGGGCAGCGUUCGAGGACAUGUGGAUGUCUGUCGCCAGCUAUCGUUUUGUAGAGCUCACCGUGCCAGCGGAAUUCAUUCGACAGGGCAAACCAGAGGAUUGCACCUUUGCCUUAAGCACAGCAGCCCGUCAGCUCAUUGACCACUGGGAGAUACAGCCUCUGCAGCCUUCUGGAAAUCCGCCACACCUCGUAACAGUCCGCUUUGGGGCAAUGUUCAAGGAGGGCUUUCCAUCCACCCACCCCGAGCGAGUCCUCAAACACGUGCGCGCCGCAGCGUGGAGCAACCUGGAAACCAUGAUCAAGCGGAUUGCCGCAAAGGACAAGAGCGGAAAGUGGACGUUCACCGCCAUGUCAGAAAUUAAGUCGAAGAAGACGGGAGGUCGGUACAUAUUGGCGAAGCUGGAGGAGUGCGCCAGGGCAAAUGGAAUUCAGUUCAAAUGCCUGUCGACUGAA